AUGUCCUACAAACACAAAUCAGGGGCUGAAAAGAAAAGGCUCCGAGCUGAAAAAGAAAAAAAAAGUGCUAUUGGCAGGCAAGAGAUUACUAAUUUUUUUCAAUCCUCUGCUUGUUUUUCUGUUCAACCGUUAUUUUCUGGAACAACUGAACUGGAAUCAAAUAAACCAACUACUUCAGCGUUUGAAAUAACUGAAGAAAAUUCUCUGGGCUCCGAAAUUAAUGAAAGUAGAGGAGAAAAUGUAAAUCAGCUGGAUUUAACUAAUAAUGCAAAUCUGAACGAUCCUGAAGUGCAACCAGUAUUUUCUGAAACAACUGAACUGGAAUCAAAUGAACCAAUUACAUCAGCAAUUGAAAUAACUCAAGAAGAUUCUCUAGGCUCCAAAUUUGAUGAAAAUAGAAGUGAAAAUAUAAGUCAACUGGAUUCAACUAGCAAUGCAAAUCUGAGUGAUCCUGCAGAAUGGCCGGACUUUAUAAAUGAUACUCUUCGCUCAGAAAUAAUAAAAAUUGGAGCUCCAAAUUUUAAUAAACUGUCUGCAGUUAAGUUUCCACGAGACCUAAACAAGCAACAGUUUCAAAAGAAGCUUCUAUACAGCAAAAGCUCAAACCAAAGAGAAGAAUUGCAGCGAGACUGGCUUGUAUGGAGUUCUAUGAAUCAAGCACUUUACUGUUUCCCCUGCUUUUUAUUUAAAAACUCCAUUUCUAGUAAAGGCAAUAGCAGUCUUGCGAAGAAAAGUGGUUUUUCACCAGCUCAAGUGCCUUGGAAAAAAUGUUAUUCUCGAUUUCCCUCACAUGAAGAAAGUGCAGGACAUAAGAAUUGCUAUGUUUCGUGGAAAUCUUUGGAGCAGUCUCUGGCUGGGAAGGGUAUUGACAGCAACAUCCAAACUCUGAUAAUGUGCGAGACAGAAAGAUGGAAAGCAAUUCUUAAAAGAAUAAUUGAUGUUACACUUCAUCUCGCUUCUCGAGGUCUCCCCUUCAGAGGAGAUAAUUCCCACAUAGGGCAUGUGAGCAACAGAAACUUUUUAGGAUGUUUAGAAUUGAUAAGCCAUUAUGAUGAAAUAACUAGAGAUCAUCUGAACAAAAUUAAACUUGAACAGGAACGUGGGGAAAGCAAAAAACAUACGCAUUAUCUGUCAUGGCAGAGCCAAAAUGAAUUUAUUUCCUUAUGUGGUGAUCAGGUUUCGAAAUUAAUUCUUGCAGAACGUGAAAAGGCAAUUUAUUAUGCUAUCAUAGCUGAUGCAACACCAGAUGUAAGUCAUCAAGAACAGAAUGUAUUGAUAUUAAGGUAUCUUUCUUUCUCAUCAGAUAAGAAUUUGUUUGAAAUUCAGGAGAGAUUUAUUGAAUUUCUGAAUUUCUCAAAAAAAACGGGAUUUGAUAUUGCUCAGGAUUUGUUGAAUUGCCUUAAAAAGCAUGCGAUUCCAUUAGAGGAUUUCAGGGGACAAGUAUUCGACAAUGGGUCGAAUAUGAAGGGCGCUGUGAAAGGAGUCAAGAGCCGAAUUCUAAACGAAAACCCACUUGCUCUAUUUUCACCUUGUGGGGCCCACUCGUUAAAUUUAACUGGAGUAAAUGCUGCAAAGAUGUGUCCUCAAAUAAUGACAUUCUUUGGUUCUGUGCAAGCAUUAUUUGUACUCUUUGCAGCCAGUCCUUCCAGAUGGUCCAUUCUUUUAGAAGAGAUACCAAUUUCUCUCAUGGCAUUAUCAGAAACGCGCUGGAGUUCUCGCAUUGACGCUGUUCGACCCAUCUCCUUGCACCGUCCAGGAUUAUUGAAAGCUCUCGAUCGUUUGUGUGAUGAACUACAAUUAACCGAGAAGGCCUUCAGUGAAGCUCGAGCAUUAAGAAAAUACUUUAGCUCUUUUGAGAGCAUGCUUAUGUCAGCUUUCUGGUUAAAAGUGCUGUCAUGUAUUGACGAACAAAACGUGAUUAUCCAAACACGUGGAAUUUCCCUGGAUGUGGAACUGAACCUUCUAAAUGAUAUCCAUAAAGAUCUCCAAAAGUUAAGGGAUGGAGCAGAAGUUGAAGAAGAAGCAAUGCAUCAAAGUACUGAACUCUUACCCGGUGAAUAUAAAUUUCGAACAGAAGUAAUUUUUACAGUUUUGGACUUUAUUAUAAUUGAUAUAAAUACUCGUUUUGAAGAAAUGAAAGAAAUUUGUUCUCUAUUUAAACCAAUACUGAAAUAUAUGUCCUUAGAUGAUGAAGAAGUGCAAAAGCUGUCUGCAUGCUUGUCAUCAAAGUAUGCAAUCGACUUAAAUAGUCAACUUGGAAAUGAGAUUAUUCACAUUAGAAACAUUCAUUCGUCAGUGUUUAAUGAAGUAACUGAACUUUCUCCCCUAGUGCUUUUGAAUGAGAUUUACAACAGAAAGCUUCAAACAAUAUUUCCUAACAUAUGUAUUGCCCUUCGCAUAUUCUGCACUCUCCCCUUGACUGUCGCCCAAGCUGAAAGGGCAUUUAGUAAAUUAGGAAAUCGAAUUAAAACAUGGACUAGAUCAGCAAUUGGACAAGACAGACUAAAUUCGCUAGCUAUUCUUGGCAUUGAGCACCAGUUGGCAGCACAAGUGGAUUUUAAUUCAGUCAUACACGAGUUUGCGACAAAAAAACUCACAGGCUUAUGGUAUGAAAUAGAAAAAUAUCCAAAGUACUUUGGCGCAAGAUUCAUGUGCGUUAAAGUUGAACUGACCGACUAUGGUGAUAAUGUUACAAUUAAUUGGACAGGUGUCAAUGAAAGGUCCGGAGAAACAGUUUGUUUGAAUGGAAACGCUACGGUUCCUAAUGAAAAAGAUGCUUCGAAAAUCAAUGUGAAGUACGCUGACAGAUGGUUCUCUGAAAACUACUGGGUUUUAGACACCGAUUAUAAAAAGUAUUCGGUUGUGUAUUCUUGCUUCAAUUUCUUCCAUCUUUGCAAAGCAGCUUAA